AGGGCCUUCUACUGUUUCAUCGUGGUGCUCUUCUUUACCAUUGCAUACUUUUAUUGGACGAUCCUCCUGUAUGCCUUUGACACAGUCUUUCCGGAGAUUUCCCAAGGUUCCUUCAGCGAACUCUUUCGAGCACUGACCAGUGGGUCCUUGGGACCUGAGAUCCAACCCAUCAUCGUCAUCAUCACGGGGCUGUUUGACGUCAUUUGGACAGGCUUCGUAGGUCUACUUGUUGCAAGACACACAGCCUACAUGAUCACCAACGUCACCACUUACGAGACUCUGGUGAGACCCAGUCACGUGCAACGUCGCUUCCCGAAGAAUCGUGGAAGAUUCUGGUUUUUUCAAGGCACGACGUUUCGCUCGGCCAUGAACAAUUGCUGGAAUUAUUGGACGCUCAACAUGGAUGGAGAUGCUGCUGCAUUCCUGUGCAACCCACAGGAGAGUUUUGUUGCUGGGCAGGCACAUGAUCAGCCCGGUUCCAAAAAACUGGAAGGCCCCUCAGUUCGAAGUCGUCUCCCUGAGACAAGUCCCAGCACUCCGCGAUGAAUUCGGCAGGCCCAGGUGGCCCAGACAUUUCGAAUGCAAUGCACAGUUCGUUCAGAAACAAACAGCAGGCCUAGUUGCUGUUGUUAAUUGCCCUCUGGUAAACUAAC